UACUAGAAAGCGUGAGUUUGUGUUCCUGGGCUAGCUCCCUAGCAGCUCGUGAGGCCGAUCCUUGGGCCUUGGGAUCGUCGGGUUCUGUGAGAAAGGUUCUGUUCGAAAUCAGCUUUCCCUGUCCAAGACAGCCAUUCGGUCUGACCCCGAGGAUCCACAGUCAUGUCUGACAACGAGGACAAUUAUGAUGGUGAUGACUUUGAUGAUGUGGAGGAAGAUGAGGGCCUAGAUGACUUGGAGAACCCCGAGGAGGAGGGCCAGGAGAAUGUGGAGAUUCUUCCCUCUGGAGAACGGCAGCAAGCAAACCAGAAGAGGAUCACUACCCCCUAUAUGACCAAGUAUGAGCGAGCCCGGGUCUUGGGCACCCGGGCCCUGCAGAUUGCGAUGUGUGCCCCUGUGAUGGUGGAGCUGGAAGGGGAGACGGACCCACUGCUCAUCGCCAUGAAAGAACUCAAGGCUCGAAAGAUCCCCAUUAUCAUCCGCCGCUACCUGCCAGAUGGGAGCUAUGAAGACUGGGGCGUGGACGAGCUCAUCAUCACCGACUGAGCCCCCGAGCCCCGGCCCCCUGCCCGUCCUCAACCCCCCGGCCGUUUGUACAUUCUGUUUAUUUUUCUAUAUGGAUAAUAAAGCCUAUUCACCCUCUCUUCUUA